GCCGGCCCGAAAUUGCCCCUACCAGCUGCUAUAAUUUUCUUCCUCUCGUCCUUUUCUUUCUUCUCCUCCCCUGUUGCUGCUGCCGCCGGUCGUGAAGCAAUCUAUCAGAGAUUUGAGGUUUUCUCGUAAUCUAUUUUGUGUUUCCGACUUCCAUUCGACCGUGAACAUGCAGGCGAGUGAUAGGUUUAACAUAAACUCCCAGCUCGAGCAUUUGCAGGCUAAAUAUGUGGGCACAGGGCAUGCCGAUUUGACACGAUUUGAAUGGGCCCUGAAUAUUCACCGAGAUAGCUAUGCAUCUUAUAUUGGUCAUUACCCCAUUUUGGCAUACUUUGCUGUAGCCGAAAACGAAUCUGUUGGGCGAGAGCGCUACAAUUUUAUGCAGAAAAUGCUUAUGCCUUGUGGGCUCCCUCCGGAGAGGGAGGAUGAAUGAGGCGAAUUCCAUCGUUGUUUUGGCAAUAAAAAACUAUUGAACAUGUUUUUAUUGUCACUAAAGGUAUGCUCCGAAUUACUCUGAAAUGAUCGUUUAUCUACGGUUUCUAUGUAAGCUAUCACAUGCCCGGAUUAGGUUUGUGUUUUCUUCGCAUUCGGUCUAUCUAAAGUACAUAUCAUGGGUGUUUAUUUGUCAUUGUUUUUUGUCUUUUGGAUUUUAUGUUUUUUCUUUUUAAUAAUUGUUGGAUGUAAUAUUUUGAUCGAAAAAAAACACCUCAAUAUAUUGCGCGUCCAAGCUUUAAGUGAAAAUUACACACUCGUUAAAAUAAAUUCAUCCCUUCACACC